AUGAUGGAAACUGGUUCUGCGUUCUUUCUGGACCUUCGACACCUGAACACCAACAUCAGCACUGACAGUGACAACAACAGCUGGGUCGACCUCCGCGAUACCUACCAGGAUGACAACUCGCUCUCCACUCAUGACCACCUACAUAACGCCAUCUUGGGGGUCUCUCUAGGCCUGCUGUCACUCCUCACCAUCCUGAUGAACCUGCUGGUCCUCUACGCUGUGAAGACGGAGAAGAGUCUUCACACUGUGGGGAACCUCUACAUCGUUAGCCUGUCCAUGGCCGACCUGAUCGUAGGGACCGCGGUGAUGCCUCUGAAUCUGGUCUACCUGCUGGAGCAUCAGUGGAAACUCGGCAGGGCCGCCUGCCAGUUUUGGCUCAUCACAGACUACGUAGCCAGCACUGCUUCCAUUUUCAGCAUCUUCAUCCUGUGUUUGGACCGCUACCGCUCUGUCCGACAGCCUCUGAAGUACCUGAGGUACCGAACCAAGGGCAGGGCCAGCACCAUGAUUUGUGGCGCCUGGCUGCUAUCACUGAUGUGGAUUGUUCCCAUCUUGGGAUGGCGCUUGUUCACCCACGUCGACGUCAAACCUGAGGCGGAGAACAAGUGUGAUACAGAUUUCCGCUUUGUCACCUGGUUUAAGGUCAUCGCCGCUAUCUUCAACUUCUACGUGCCCUCGGUGUUGAUGUUAUGGUUUUACACCCACAUCUACUUGGCAGUCCGACGACAUCUCAGAGAGAAGGAGAGGAUUAUCCGUCCAACCGUUUCCUUCGGGGAAAACGAGAAUGGCCAGAACACAGCCGGCCUGCGCCAAGAUGACAACCGCAAAUCCCCCAAGAAGGAGACCAAAGCCAAUGUGGAAUACUUCAAAAAGAACCAUUUGCUGGAACAGAACACUUUCGAUCCUACCUAUUCUCUGGAGAACACGGACAAGAGCCAAAACUCCCAAUCCAGAUCUGAAAAAGAAGCUGGCAGCAAGUGUCAGCAGACGUUGUUGCUGGCUAUCAUGACCAAGUGGCUCACAAUGGCAAGAAAAGACUGUGGGCGUUCUCCAUCCCCUGAACAGCAGCAGCCCACCGCCGAGCUUCCUCUGAGUCAUUCUCCGGCAUUCCAUGACCUCAUCUGCUCAAAGGGGGUAAAUGAGCACAAACUGUACGGGUCUGCGAGCGAGUGCAGCAUCACCGGGCCAGAUCUGGGGAGCGGGGCGUACAACACCGGCCAGCUAUCGGGCAGGCAGAGCUACACCAGGGUCUUGUACAACAACAGUGACUUCAGCCAAUCCCUGACGGGGGUCGAGGAGGCAGGGGAGGAGAAUAAAUUAGAUGCAGACAAUGGGGUGACACUGAAAGAGUCCUGGUACACGUUCGUCGACAAGUUCUGUCAACGCAUGCAGAGCUCAAGGAUCCGCAAAGAGCGCAAGGCAGCCAAGCAGCUGGGCUUCAUCAUUGCUGCCUUCUUGCUGUGUUGGAUCCCAUACUUCAUCGCCUUCAUGGUCAUGGCGUUCUGCAGGGAGUGUGUCCAUCACAACCUCCAUAUGUUCACUAUAUGGCUCGGCUACGUUAACUCCACCCUUAACCCCUUCAUAUACCCACUCUGCAAUGGUAACUUUAAAAAGGUGUUCAGAAACAUUCUGCACAUGCCAGGGAGCAACUGACGGCUCCUUACAGAAUCACCCCAAUGACAGGAAAGAAAAGAUGGCUGGAUAGAGAUUGCUGCUUUUUCUUUGACAGCGAGAAAUGGAGUUGAACGUUGCUAGAAAGAAAACAGUGCAUGGGUAGAACAUAAGCACAUGAAAUUUUUGGCUCUCUUGAGGCUUCACAAACGUUUUCUGUAA